UACAUUAUGAAAAAUAAAUGGAACAGCAAUUGGUACUGACACAUUCGUUUACGGAAGGAUGGAAGAAAUUUCAAACCCUCUCUCCUCCGAUCUGCCCACCAUCACAACGCCUCCACCUGCCGCCGAUGGAAGCAACACCUUAACUUCUACAUCAUCAACAAGAAUGGCAGGCCGGGCCGAGUGGCCCACAAUCGAUGGUCCAUUGGGGCUCUCACAUCAAGAUUCAGUCGCUUACGCCCGCAGAUUCUUCAAUUUUGGAUUUUUGUGUCUUCCUUUCCUUUGGGCUGUCAACUGCUUCUAUUUCUGGCCCGUCCUUCGCCACCCGAAUUCUCAUAAUUUCCACCCCCAACUCCGCCGCUAUGUUGUUGGAUCAGCAAUUGGCUUCCUGGUGUUCGCCCUGAUCCUCUCUUCAUGGUCUGUUACCUUUAUGAUUGGCGGGAACCAACUUUUCGGCCCAGUGUGGGAUAAAUUGGUUAUGUACAAUGUUGCCGAUAGAUAUGGUUUAACUGAAUUGAUGUAGAUCUACAUGUUAGUGGUUUCAGUUCCAUAAUCGACAUGAAUAUGGUAUGUCUUUUCUUUUGCUGAUAUGAAUGUUCAAGUUACUGCAUUGUACUUCACGACAAUGUUAAUUGACUGAUGUUGUACUCCUUGGAGGAGUAAAUUCAUGAGCUAAAGAACCUUUAGCUGUCUAGAAAAGGGUGGCCAGAUCCUGUUUUGUUUUGAAAACAGAGAAUUCGAUCGGAACAUAAAUUUAUUUGUUA